GAAUUAAUUUUUAUUCCAACCAGCCAAUGACCAUUAUAAGUAAACGUAUAUUCUUUUCCUACACUUAGUACUAUGUAACAAACGUAGCGUAAGAAGAGAGCAAAAACUUUUCGAUCAAUCAGCCACGAAGUCCGCAUUCUCGCUACAGAAAUCAGCCACGUACUCAGUCAACAGGUGCACGUGUCCAAGAAUUUUUCUUCUUCUAAUCCUUCGGGAACUCACUCCAAGUCUCUCUCCCUCUCCUCGGUGAAAAUUGCAACUGUUGUCAUUGUUUCACGGUGUUCUUCGAGGUUUUGCUUUUGAUUUGAAACAAGGAAAAAUGAGUAGUAAUUCGGGGACUCGAUCGUUGCUGGAUGAGCUUCGCAGCUUUGACAAGGGUGGUUUCUUUGAUCUCGGCCACCCUCUGCUCAAUCGCAUCGCUGAAAGCUUCGUCAAAGCUGCUGGGAUCGGGGCGAUUCAGGCUGUGUCGCGGGACUCCUUUCUUACGGCUGUUGAAAGUGCUAGUGGGAAUACUGGUGGUGCUAAAAAGCACCGUUUUCCUGAUCUCAAAGGGGAGACCAACAGCAAAUCCAUUGAAGCCCUGGUGAAGAACACCGGAAAAGAAUCUCUACAGUGGGGACUCACUGCAGGAAUGUAUUCAGGUCUCACCUAUGGACUAAAGGAGGCUCGUGGAGUUCAUGAUUGGAAAAACAGUGCAGUGGUAGGAGCAGUUACGGGUGCAGCGCUUGCUCUAACAAUUGAGGAUUCUUCCCAUGAGCAGAUAGUGCAGUGUGCCAUAACUGGUGCAGCUAUUGCCACUACUGCAAAUCUUCUCUCAGGGAUAUUUUAAGCUGCUGAAUGGCACUGACGUAUAAUUCUGUGUCUACUCUGAUGCAAACGAUGUAGAACUUAACUAAGCAAACUCUACUUAGAAUUUUCUUUUGGAAUUUGUUUUGUUUGUUUGCCUCCUAACGUGCUAUGCUGAGUGCAUUUUUAGUGCUUGGAGGAUAAGAGCUUGAGCAGGUGUUUCUGAAUGUGAGUCCUGCGACUGGAAUAGUCAUGCUCAAUUCGACUGGUUGUUUUAGUGCUUUUUAUCUGAGUGCAGUAUGUGAUGAGUGGGAUCGGUUUUAGAAGUCCGAUUUGAAGUAGUAUCAAAUGCUUAUCUGUCCAAGCGUUAUGUAACAGAUUAAAUGCGAGAAU